AUGAAUUCAACUGCUCACUUAUUCUUUUGCCACGUCUGCGGUUGCAUUGUACACCGUGGUCUAAGCAACGGCAAAUUUGUACAUGAGAAGAAGAAGAAGAAGAAGAAGAAGAAGGAGAAGAAGAAGAAGAAGAAAUUUUCGCUCGUCUGGCUGGACUCCGGCGGCGCAAUGACCUUCAGCCGUUGCAUUUGCUCACCAACUAUCCAGUCGAAACUCAGGUCUGUAAUGCCGUCGUGGGUUUGUCGAUGA